GCAUGCUCAGUUGAGCUCUCUCCCGGCAGGAAGAUGGUGUCUGUCAAGAUGCAGUCGUGUGUGUUGUCAGUUUUACUCCUAAAUGUUUUCUACAGCGUCGUCUCCUCGUUGUACUUUCACAUCGGAGAGACGGAGAAGAAAUGUUUCAUAGAGGAAAUCCCCGACGAGACGAUGAUUAUCGGUAACUAUCGGACUCAGCUGUAUGACAAACAGAGAGAAGAAUACCUGCCAGCCACUCAGGGUCUGGGGAUGUUUGUGGAGGUCAGAGAUCCAGACGACAAGGUGAUUCUGUCUCGGCAGUACGGCUCUGAGGGAAGGUUCACCUUUACCUCUCACACACCAGGAGAGCAUCAGAUCUGUCUGCACUCCAACUCCUCCAAGUUCUCCCUGUUCGCCGGAGGCCUGCUGAGGGUUCACCUGGACAUUCAGGUGGGAGAACACGCCAACAACUACGCUGAGAUUGCUGCCAAAGAUAAACUGACGGAGCUGCAGCUGAGAGUGCGACAGCUGGUGGAGCAGGUCGACCAGAUCCAGAAAGAGCAGAACUACCAGAGGUAUCGUGAGGAACGUUUCCGUCAGACCAGCGAGAGCACCAACCAGCGGGUCCUCUGGUGGUCCAUCGUGCAGACUCUGAUCCUGGUGGCCAUCGGAAUCUGGCAGAUGAGACAUCUGAAGAGCUUCUUCGAGGCCAAGAAACUCGUGUAAACCUGGGAAGUGUGUGUGUGUUUGUGAUAGAGUGUAUGCGUGUGUGAGUGCGUGUGUUUUUGGUCUCUACUGAGUGAUGCAGGACUGAGCGGCGGCGGUCGCUGCUGUCGGAGAAGAUGUGAUGCAGAGAAAUCCAGCUGCAGAUUCAGCUUGAAAACAACAUCUUCAGUUUCUAUAAAUAUUAUUUCCACUGUCUUUCUUAUCAUCCCUGUUUGUAAAAGGCCCAUCAUAUUCGCUGUAGACUAUCAGGGAAAAUGUGGCAACUCUAUUUAUUUCAAACAUACAAAAAAGAAAUGUCCCUCCAAAACUUCUGUCUGUCCUGUUUACAGUUCUGCAGCACCGGGACAGAUUACCAGAACCGGUCUACAUGUAAAUGACAGGGCUGCAUGUGUCAUGUUUUUUUUAUUAAUUUGACCUAUUUCUUCUUCUUUCUUACUCACUGUGAUGAGUACAUGAUGUGUUACUGGCCACUGGAGAUGUAGUUCAGAGUCAAACAUGAUGAUGCAGUUUGGUUGCGUUAAAUAUUCAAUGACAGUUUUAAGGUUUCAAUUGGGGUGAAAUGUUAUAAUCUGGAGUCAUCUGUGAAAUAAAGGCCUGUAGAAGUGCUCUUUAAAGACUCUUCAAACAAGGCAGCAGUAGACCAGCCACUCCUGUGUUCAGUGAGGUACAAAUACAGUUUUUGUCAACGGACUCUGGUGUCCAUUUAUGGUUAGGUCUUACUUUGCAGAGAUCCUUCUGUGGUAUUGUCAGACACUCAGGCUGCGGUCUACUGCCGGCCUUAAUGCCCAGUUCAGAUUUUUCUUUGUUUGGCUGUUCACAUUGCUUUUAAAUGUGGCCUAUAUACAGACUCAUCUGGAAAUGUGUAAAGAUCAGAUUCCAUGUGACUUUGUGAUGUUCACACUUUGAUAGAAAAAUCUGAUCCGUGUCACACAGGAGCAAACAUUCAGAUUCAGGUCACUUUUGGCUGCAGUGUGAACACAGCCUUAGAAUAGCAGUCUGAGCCUGUCAGGGACAAAACGACUUUUAGUGGAUAUUUGUCCAGCACACGUUAAAUAUCGACCCUCUCGUGUUGCUGAGUCCUUAUAGAUAAAAUCUGCAGUACAAGCUGUUGCAGACAAACUAAGACGUUAUAAGUAUACAUUUGGCUCUUACUUAAAAUAUGAAUUUUCAGGUGAAUGAGACUUAAGCAUUUAAACUUUUUUUGUGGAUACCACCUCUUUAGAUUCUGCUCUUAUGUUUCCAGGUGUGAUCAUUGAAAUCCAACAAAAUGAGACAGUUUUUCUGUUUGUUACUGUGUGUGAGUGAUUCCACAUUUUACUGUGUCCAAACUGAAUGUACGUUUCUUUUCACCUGAUUCUGGUUGAUGUUGGUUUGCUGGUGAUGGUGUAGAAAGAUUCUUCGGAUUCUAAAUAUUCUGCUAUUGAAAGUGAAGCUCCAGCCGAACGCUGCCAUUGCCUUUUUUUUUUUUUUUUUGAGAUCAACCUUUCUGCUUCAUCCUGACAGUUCAUCAAAGAGAAAUGAAUCUGAAACUGAAGAGCGAAAUACCUGAAAAUAUCGUCAGCUGUUAGAUUAUAAAGAAACGCAUGAGAAAGACGGGUGGUUUAUUCUUUUUUUUAGAGCUUUUCAUCUUCAGCUGUUAAGAUUUUCUUCUUUUCUGUAUUUUUUUAAUUUUCUGGUGGUUUGUGUCAAAAGGUAGAUUUCAGAUUUCAGAUGUGUUUCCUGGGUUAGAAUUUAAAUUAGUUGGUUUAGGUUGGACGAGGGGCUUGAAUUUAUUUAAUUUUGGAGAGAUGGUGUCCACGUGAAAUCGGUCUAAAAUUGCACUCAAAAUAAAGUUUUGUCACAUUUGGUUUAAA